UGCUCCAUUAAACCCAAGGCGGCAGGGCACUCCGUUCCGCUCGCUCUCCUCUCUCUAGGGUUUCUCCUCGCCACCGCCGCCGCCGCUGCUCCUCCUCGUCGCCGCGAUGAGCGCCGCCAGGCCGGACCACCGGCGCUACCACCCGCCGUUCCUGCGCGACCUCUCCUCCCCCAUAUCCUCGUCGUUGCGCUUGCCCCCAGCCUCGGUCCGGCGCGAGACACAGGCCUCCACCCCGCCGCCGCCUCCCCCGCUGCUCUCCCUCGACGACCUCUCCCACCUCUCCCCUUCCCCGCAGCCGGCCACGCCUCCUCAGGCGACGAUGACCCCCUCCCCCACGCCGCCGCGUGGCGCGGGCCUCUUCGCAUCCCCGCUGCGGUCCAACGGCUCGCCCGCCCCCUCGGCUUGGUGGUCCCCGUCGAGGGAGGAGAAGCCCAGGGAGGGGUCGCCGAUGGAUGGCGUCAUGCAGAACCAGCAGCAGUCCCCAACGAUGCCGUCGGGGCAGCAGUCGCAGCAGCAGCAGAAGGUUGCGCUGAUCACGCUGCCCCCGCCCAGGGAGGUGGCGCGGCCGGAGAUGCCCAGGGAUUCGGCGCCUGCUGCUGGCCGGGUUGACGAGGAGGAGUGGGUCACCGUUUUUGGAUUUUCACCUGGUGAUACUAACUUGGUUCUGCGAGAAUUCGAGAAAUGUGGGAUAGUCCUGAGACAUGUUCCUGGUCCAAGGGAUGCGAACUGGAUGCAUAUCUUGUAUCAGAGCCGGCAUGAUGCACAGAAAGCACUUGUGAAACAUGGGCAGCAGUUAAACAGUGUUCUUAUUAUUGGGGUGAAGCCAGUGGAUGCACGGCAGCAACAGUACCUGAACGAGAGCAUGAACGAGAACUAUCAGGGCAGCGCAACAGUCCCAUUUCUGUCACCGCCUGUAGCACCUAGCGGAUUUGCCACCAGGAACGCACUAGCACCUUUGCCUAGCAACUCGAUGCCAAAUGGCAGCUGCAACGAGAGCAGUCGUGGCGCUUCUGGAGCCAUUGCUUCACCUUCAAAAUCCAUCUUGUCCAAAGUUAUGGACUUGAUGUUUGGCCUUUAAGUUCCAUCAUUAAAUCAAAUGGUGGCAAUGCGUUUGUAUUCUGUUGGAAAUUCUAGGCCAAAAUGAGGAUCAUGGCGAUAACAUUUUUUGGUCAAUGGGGUUUUCAUUGGGUAUCAAUGCACGGAUUGUGUAUCAUACGGCAUCUGACUUUGGUGUAAACUGUAAUAGGAGUCGUCCCUUGCAAAGGCUGGUGUAAUUGACUCACUCGGUGGCAAAUGUUCAAUCACAAACUUCACCGAUCUAUUGUGAUGAUAUGGAUAUUUUUCCUCCAGAAAAGAAAAGUGUGGAAAGUGAUAUGAUUGCAUAGAGAUUUUUAGGACACCAGCUGAGUAGCUAAAGUCAGACGGUUGUAUUUUUGCAGUGUAUGUUUUGUCAGAUGGGUUCUGAAUUUUCAACACAUCUGAGGUCCAAUGAUUCUGACUUUUUUUGUUAAA